AUGGCGUCCAACCCCAUGCAAUGGUGUUGCGUUGUUGGCGUGAAGCAUGAUGGCACUCCCAAGGGGCAGCUCAAGAAAAUUGGCGAUAAAAACGGCAGCACCCAGAACGCCGUGCUCAUCAUGACCGACGUCAUAGGCAUGGACUUCCCCAACGUGCAGCUCAUUGCCGACCAAUUCGCUACCAACGGCUAUUUCACCGUGAUCCCUGAUGUUUUCAACGGCAACGAAUGCCCCUUCCCAACACCCGAAUCGUUCGAUCUGCAAGAGUAUUUCAAGACGAAAAUACCGGGAGUACCCCAGGUGGAUCCCAUGUAUGAGUCAGUCAUCAAGCAUCUGCGCGAGGAGUUAGGUGUCAAGAGGCUGGGAGGCGUGGGUCAUUGUUUUGGUGGAAAGUAUGUGUGUGCGUAUCGUAUCGACUUUUACUUUUAUCGGAAUGUGUCAUUCUUCAAGAGAUACAAGUGCUACCAAACACGAGAACAGAGCCUGACCGUCUGUGCAGAAACUGAUUUCAUCUUCUCCACGGAGAAGCGUUGCGAAACAGAAGACAUACUCAAAGAGCAUACCGUACCGUAUCAGGUGUUCCUGUAUUCGGAUGUCGAGCAUGGUUUUGGCGUCAAGGGCGAUCUCUCGCACGCCAAAGCCAGGUUUGCGAAAGAGCAAGCAUUCAUGCAGGCAGUGCAUUGGUUCGAUGAAUAUGUCAAGAAAAGGUGACUUAAGAUCUAUCGUAUGUUGAGUUUUGUCGACCUGUUGUUCAAUUUUCGUCACCAGGAACGUUGGACAUACGAAGGCGUGGAAGGUCGCACGUCGAAAUGCCAGCGGCCACCAGUAGUGAGAAAUGCUAUAUGUUGGGUGCUGAAGAUGCCCGGUUGUCGUCCUGUUGAUGAUGGUAAUGCAUAGGAGCAGUGGGUAGUUGAUCUAUCAGAACGCAUUCCGUGUUCGCGCUUGUUGUACCUUCCACGGCUAC